AUGUGCUCAUCUCACUCCCAGGAGCCUUCGGGCGAAUAUCGGCAGUAUUUGCCAGACCUGAAUCUGCCUCGGUUUCAGGCAAUGCGCAAACAAGAUGCGCACGAGUAUGCGAAUGACUUCAAAACGGGACGAAAUCCGCCGUGGUUGCAUGCGCUGUACAUGCACUGGCUGGACCUACUACAGGAGCCUUUCAAGGGAGUGACGACGGACGGAACCGUACGCCCCGGUCUCUUCACCCUCCAAGACGAGGACGUUCCCAUCGACGACAUCGUCAACUCAGUACAUUCUCUUUUCGCUACCCUGACGCAACCCCAGCGCCAAUCCCUCUCCUACCACAUCGACUCCCCCGAAUGGCGCACCUGGUCGAACCCAGAGUUCCUCCUCAGCGCCAAAGGCUUGCGUCUGGACGAAGUGACGCCCGCCGUCCGCGACGCCAUCAUGACCGUCCUCCGCAUCACCCUUUCACCCGAAGGCUACGACAAGGCCGUCAAAGCGAUGCGCAUCAACCACUUCCUCGGCGAACUGGUAGAGUCGCCGCGCGUCAUGAACGAAUUCUCCUACAACUUCGUGCUCUUCGGCAACCCGUCUACCACGCGGCCCUGGGGGUGGUCAUUCUACGGCCACCAUCUCUGCCUGAACAUCUUCCUCUACCGGGGCCAGAUCGUCGCCUCGCCGUGGUUCACGGGCGCCGAGCCAAAUGAGAUCGACGCCGGGCCGCACGCCGGCACCCGUAUUCUGCAAGUCGAAGAGCAACUCGGUCUGCAGCUGAUGCAGUCCCUGAGUCCCGAACUACAGAUCAAGGCGCGCGUAUAUGCCCAGAUGCACGAUCCAGCCAUGCCCCCGGGGCGCUGGAACCGCGACGACCAGCGCCAUCUGUGCGGCGCGUAUCGCGACAACCGGGAGGUGCCGUACGAAGGCAUCACGGCGGCGGAGCUCAGCGAGACGCAGAAGAUGCUCCUCUACGGUAUCCUAGAACAGUAUCUGCUCUAUCUAUCGGAGCGGUCUCGACGGUUGAAACUCGAGCAGAUCCGACGGUUCGAGGCGGAGACGUAUUUCUGCUGGAUUGGCGGGUUCGGGGAUGAGGAUCCGUUCUAUUAUCGGAUUCAGAGCCCCGUGGUCUUGGUGGAGUUUGAUCAUCAUUCGGGGGUGUUUUUGAAUAAUGAGGAACCGAAGAAAUUUCAUAUUCAUACGCUGUUGAGGACGCCGAAUGCAGGUGACUAUGGGCAGGCGCUGAGGCCGUUGAUUCCGCCGGUGGAGGGGUUGGUGGGGAAGGAGAUUACGUGGGAGAAGUCUACUUUAUGA